GGGGCCGAGUGAGGGGCUGCCGGGCAAGGUGGGCCGGGCGGCAGUGGGCAGAGAAGAUCCGGGAGGACGAAGGGGAGGACGACCCUCCGUCCGUCCGUCCCGCUCCGAAAGGGUUAAAGCGCGGCCGCGGGGGGGCGGAGCCCCAGCCGGCCCUGGGAAUAAGGCGCCGCCGCCCGGCCGCCUGCGCUCCCUUUCGCGGAGUGGUUGGCUGCGCCGGGGCGACGCGCGCGCGCCGAGCCGAGCCGAGCGGAGCAGAUGGUGCCAGGCGGCUCGUCCGGGAUGAAGCCUCCGUCCGGCAGCUCUCGCCGGCGGAGCGGAGGGUAGCGCCGCCGCUGCCGGGCCAAAGGAGGGUGGCCGGCCGGCCGGCCGCUUGGCUGGCUGGCCCCAGGCGGGCCAUGAUCCCCCGCAGGCUGCGCCCAGACGCGCCCGGGCUGCCGCGACCCCUCGCCUUGCGCCCCGUCGCGCAGGAGCUUCUCUAGGGAGUCCCGGGACGCCGAGCGCGUUUGCUCUCCAGCUAGGACUUCCGAGGCGAUCGCGACCCUCCCCGCACCCCACCCACCCACCCGCCGCCGCCGCUGCUACUGCUUUCUCCUCCUCCUCCUCCUCCUCCUCCUUGUCUCUUCGUUCAUUCCUUUUCUUCUCCUGAGGUUUUGUCUGUCUUUCUUAUUUUUUGCCGUUUUCUUCCGUCCCUCCACCGAGCCUGCCUGGCACCAUGCGGCUCCGUCUAGGACCCACCCUGUACGGUAAGUGAGGAGCACCCACCUCCACCCCCUCCAUCCGUUUUCGGGAGGUCUGGAAUGCGGGACACGAAUGUUUUGAUCGUGAGGAUGGGCGAGGAACAAGAACUUGGUGGGGGUUUUUUAUUAGGGGCGGGGAGAUGGAGGGGGGAGAGAGAACGGGACCUCGCGUGUAAACUGGCUGUCAAAGCAAGGGGAGAAUGGGGCACGAUCGGUCAGGAGUCCAUAUGGUGGUUGUUCCUUUGAGUUCAGAAAGGAAAGGAAAAAGCGAAGCUUUAUUUCCCAUCCCCUUGAGAUGUCCCUUUCGAGAACACGGGAAAUAUCUCGUGGGAAUAUACACGCAGGCACACACACGCAGGCACUUGGUUGUUUGCCCACUCCAGCCCCAAGGCGACCUUGAGGUGGCACCAUUUCCAAAGGCGCUAUUAUGCUCACGUGGACUGGAGAUAAUGGGCGUCUUCUGGGGCUGUCCAGUUAUUCUGUGCUUUGAUUGUUCUGAAAUAACUGCUCUUUCCCCAUCCGGUGCCUUAAUAAUGUGGAGGCACACAAGCAGCACACACUAGCGAUGAUGUCCUGACGAAGGACGCUGUGUAUGUGUGUGUGAGAGAGAAAGAGAGCGCUACUCUUCUGAUGGUUUUAGAAAAACCAUCUCGGAUGGAUAGCCCCAAGGAAGAUUACAGGAGUGGUCUAAUUUGCCUGACUCAAAAUUGCUCAGAAAGCCUCAUUAGCAGCCCUCCCCCCCCAUGCCACCUGGACAGGAUUGUGCAACUUCUAGAGGGGUAUCCGUUCCAAAGUGGCUCCGGAGGCCAGGAGGUGGGGUUCUGUAGGCACAGAGGAGGCUGGAGACCUUUCCCCCUCCAGCUCAGCAAGGCCAGUUCUCUUCUCCAGCAAGGUGAAGUGUCCCGAAGUUGGAAGGAUGCGCACCGCUUCUUCUUGGCAUUGAGAGGAGAUUGACUCUAAAGGUGAUGGACAGGGCCAGUGUGUGUGUGAGAGAGAGAGAGACUGCAAUGGGCUUCUCCAUCUCUGGAGGGCCGAUCAGUGCUGAAUUCAUAAAGGACAGAGGAUGUGCGCUGCCAGCGAAUGAGGCAGGAGCCAAGGAAUGGCAGGUGCUGCAGAUCUCCCUGGCGCUGCUGUCCUGCAGGACAGAUGCAUGGCCCGUGUGGGUCCCGGGAUCAGGAGACCGGGCUAGAGUUCAGGCGAGGCAAUGGCCCUGCCUGGCUGGAGGGAUGCCGGUGGCUUUCUGCUCUACUCUGCUUGUUGCCAUUUAUAGCCUGGCCCCCAAUGGGUUACGCAACAACAGGCAGCUGCUUAUUUUGGGGUGUUAAAUUAUGGACGAAAGAGGAGUUGGGUUGUUUUCAGCUUUAUCCGCGUCACCAGCUACGUCAGACCUGCUACCUCUGGCCCCUCCCAGGGACACUUGUCUUAACCCCCCCAGCCUACGCACAACUGAGUUGUCAUUUCUGAUCUCAGCACCCACCAUGGUUCCCCAGAUUUAGGAGCAGGGCUUGAGUGUUGCCUGCCUUGGUCUCUGAUCGCACAUCGCGUAGCGCUUCCUGCCAGAUCCUGCACUGGAACCCGCAGGCACCCCAGCUCCUCGGAUGGGUCCUACCCUGGACAAACCUUGCUUGUCCUAUGCAGCUCUGCUGAUUCCGACACAGGAUUCUAUAAACAUUGGAACAUGCGCACCUGGACCAGCCAUACAGACAGAUAGCCGCAAACAAGGAUAUAUGUGACCAGGGGUGAAAAUCUGGACUCAGUGAGCUCCCUCAUAGAUCAUGUCAACUUGUGGCUCCAGAUGGAAAAUUGUUCAGUGUUAAGCACCCAGGUCUAGAGGCAAACCAUGCGAUGUGGUGGUGGUGAGAGGGAAUCUGUGGCAUUCUGGAGUGCAGCUUAUUUAUUUAUUUAUUUGUUUAUUUGUUUAUUUCCUUCCAUCUGACUGGAUAGUAUGCACAGAUCUUUUGUAAGCACAUAUCUUCUGAUUUAGUUUAUUCUUUUAAUUUCAAAGUUAAUUUUCUCCAUGUUUCCCUUUUCUUGUAAUCUACACUGCAAACAUAAAGAGAAAGUUCAAUGCUGGGGGAGGGGGGACCAUCCCCAAGACAACAAUAGCUAGGUAGGCUGAGCCUGCCCACUGUUUGCCUCCCACCUUGAAAGCAGGCCAGUAAACAGAUAUGUGAGGCCCUGACCAGCCAUUAAACCCCAUGGGGAUGGAAGGAAGGAGAAGCAUUCCCUCUGUGAAUGGAAUCACGCUGGAGGGCCAAAUCCUUGACUUUUCUUUCCCAGAGUGGCCUGUUGUUACUUUAACUGCAAAUAGGUUGGCAACCGGCAAGUCAGAUGGCACCCCUCUCAGGUCUGCGUCUGUCCAGCUGCCAGUCUUCCAGCUGCCAAUCCUUCCUGUAAGGGGUAAGCAAAGGGGUAAGCAAAGGCUCUUUCCAAAAGGGCAAUAAUGCUCCAUAGUAGGGGAGAGUUCUGGUGUGUUAAGAUGGGAAUCAAUACUUGAUUAAUGGAGCACCAGUACUGCUGCUAUCACGGCAUGCUGGACCCUAACCUGGCCCCAACACAUUUAAAAGAUCUCCAAGGUUCAGAACAGAGGCUGGUGGUGAAAGCGAUGGGAUGAUGAGCUCAAAAGGCUGACACAAAACAUGGCCCAUUGAAUAUAGCCACCUUUUUCAGGAGAAGCCCUUUGCACCCACUAUUUGAGUAUUCAUCAGGAUGCUAUUUGUUUAUUUAAAAAAAGAUUUGAGAACCUUUAAACCUAGUUGACUUUUCCAGCAUUAAAACUUUGGAGAUCAGCAUUACUUUCUUCUGGCAGAGGAAGACAAAACCAACAGCUGGCAGCCAAAGGAGCAGAUAGGCCUCUCUCUCUCUCUCUCUCUCUCUCUCUCUCUCUCAAACCAGGGUAGCUGUACAGCAUUUAGAGGAGGGAGGGCAAGGCUGCGAGAAGAGGCUCUCCCCCUUGGAGGAUCCCAGUCAAUACCAUGCCCUGAUUUUUAGAAGAGAUGUUCAGCCUGCAGGAAAGGUGCUCUGAUGUGUGUUUCUGUAGUUCCUCCCUGCUUGAGAGAGAGCAGGUUCUUCAUGAGCUGCAAGGAUCAAGAGGUGGAGGUGAAGAUAGGGAGGAAAUAGUGUCCCUUAAGAAGCCAUACUUUCUGCAAGAACUGGAAAUACUGUCUCAUUUCAUCCCCUUCCUCCUGGGAUUGAGAGCACAUCUACUGCCAUUGAUUUCACUCCUACCCCUUGAGUUAAAAAUGGAACCAAUCUAGCUGUGCAUCCCAGGUCAGACCAUGCUUUCAGCCUUGACGUGGUGGUAGAAAACUUCUGUAUUAAUCCUCCCCUUCCCAAGUUCUUCCUGGCUAGUAGGCACAGAUCUGAUUUAUUUUUGGUUUUGAUUAUUUGUUACCAUUUUUAUCCUGCCUUUCCCGCAGUGAGCUGAUUCUCCUCUCUUCCCCCACAACAACCCUGUGAGGCAAGUUAGGCUGGGGAAAAAGGACUGACGCAAAGCCCCCCAUUUUGCAGGCCGCUACAGGGUUGUGUUGCCCAGUUGGGGGACAUCAACCCAUCCCAUCGCAGCUUCCCACCACAACUCUCCUUCCUUUCAACUAGCCCGGGAACUGAGUCUGUCUGGAAGGAUGUCCCACCUCCUUCCUUCCUCUGUGUGCCCCGUAUAAAUGAACGAAAGGCCCUCACGUGCACAUUCACAAGGCAUCAGGUUGGGGGAGAUGGCAGGGUCUGCUUCCAGCUUCCUCACCUCUGCCUUGAAAUCCUGCUGCAUGUGACCCAUGCCCCCACGCUGUUCCUUCCCAUCAUGGUGCAAGUUGUUCCUGCGCCUUCCCAAGGGAGUGGUAAAAUCCAUCCAUAACAGUGUGUUUAAAAGCCAGAGUGCAUUGAGGAGCUUGUGCUAUUCGUAGUACGGACUGGAAUCCUCUCACAAGGUUAAUGAACAUUUGGUGAAGUUUUCUUCUGAGGGAAGGAUCAAGGGUUUUAAAUCUCAGGAGAAGCAGUUUAGGAGGGAGAAAUGUCUUUAAGAGUGGGGGUGGGGGUGCUGGUGUCAGCUUGGAUGGGGAUUACAGGGCACACAUUCUUAGUGCUCUAGCCAAGAACAUCUCCUCUCAUUGCAGUUUAGCAACAAGGGUAGUAAAAUAGCGUUUUUGGUCUCAUACAAAUGCGCUCGGUCUCGUCUGAGUCGUUCAGCUUUUCACCUUGAAAAUUAUGAAUGAGCACCUCUUGCAUUUGCUGGGGGGGGGAGGAAUCAAAGCAAAGCGUUCCCCAUACGAUGAUGAUUUUGUGGGGGGAUUAGGUUGGAGAGGAGACCGGGAAGGUAACUGUGCGUGGGUAAUUCCUGAGAAUAUUGGGAAAAUGUGGGGUGGGUGGAACUGAGAAGGAAUUUGCUGUGAAAACCCCCAUGAGAUUCAAGGGUGGGGGUGUGAGAGUUGGCUGGGGUGGGGCAUAGGGAGGUCAGCAGUAUCUAGAACUUGCCUGCAAGCCUCCCUUCCCCCUAAGAUGAGGCAGAGAGGCCAGAGGGCUUUUAUGGGGAGAGAUGCGAAGCUUCCAAUCCCUUUCCCCUCUGCUUUUUCUCUGCCCAAGCUCCAGCGAAAAGCCACAGGCCUGAAUUAUGGAUGAGACUCCUUGGGUUACAGCCGGUUCCACCGCACCAGAGAGAGAGAGAGAGAGAGAGAGAGGAGUCCAGAGACAAGAGGCAAGCAGUCAACAUUAGUAGCAGCUGCAGCUCCCUCUCUUCUCUGCCCCCCCCCCCCCGCUCAAGAUAAAGGCUUUUUCCCUGUUCUCCCUUGAGGGAAAACUGGCCUGCCAUUAUUGGAGGAAAUGGCCACUGCUGAUGGCACUGAGGAACAUAGGCUUCCUUCCACCCCACCCCAGGGUUUUAGGGGAGGUGUUUUAGCAGGAAGGGAGCAGGGAGGUCAGGGCAGAUUUCCCUCCCUACUUCAGGGGUGAAAAACAGGUCCUGCAAACAGAACUCUGCCUCAUGUGUCUCUUUGGUUGUGGAACAUGCAUGGUUGCUGCCGACUCAAAGCCAUGCUUUUGGAGCUAUAAAGCAACAUGUAUUUUUGUGACUAUCAGUUCUGUAAUUUGAUUCACAACCUGAACCCCAGUCCUGCCUGUGUCAUAUCCUGCCAAAGUUGUGCCUGUUAUUGUCACAAAGCUACCCAUCAGUAAAAACGCGGUGGGGGUGGUAAAGACAAUCCUUUCCUUUCCUUUCCUUUCCUUUCCUUUCCUUUCCUUUCCUUUCCUUUCCUUUCCUUUCCUUUCCUUGGCAUGGCAUAUGUUAUGUAAGUUAGGACUUUUUUGUUGUUGAAAAUUUAUGUUUCUUUGCUACCAGCUUGUGGUAAUAGUCCAAAACUGAGCACAAACAGAAUUCUUUUAAAAAAACUGGGAAGAGGGGGAAGAAUUGGAUUCUGUGGUGGAUUUGGUGGGGGGGCAGCAGCAUUUCACCUUGGCAUCUGUUAGCAGCUGUCUUGCAAUUCCCUCUUGUCCCACUGGCCAUUCAGCCUGCCCCCCCCCAUGUGUGCCUGCUCUGUUUAACUGGGUCAGUGCAAGACCUCUGCUUGUAAUCUUACAGCAAAAGGAGGGGUGGGGCAGGGGGUCCUGGCCUUCUCAGGUGCCACACUUGUGAAUCUCCUGACCUGUGGAGUGAAAUCCUCCCUUAAAGAAUUCUGAACACUGGGAUUUGUAAAGGGUUGCUGGGAAUUUUAACCCCAUGAGGAGGAAAUUGCAGUGCCCAGAAUUCUUUAAGGUAGCGAAAUGGGCUUAAAUUGUGCUUAGUGUCUACGCUACCCCUAUCUCCCAACUAUGACUGGUGUAGCCAAAAGGAGGCUUUUCCCAGUAUGCUCCAUGCAAGUCCCAAAACAGUGAACGUGUCAAAACUGUAAAGUUAAGCUGGGUGAGGGGUGUGUGAUUUCAGGUGUCUCUUAUUGAAGAGACAUGGGGACUGUCAAAUUCCUGCCGGGGGGGGGGGCAGGAAUAUGACAGCCUUUACAAUGUUGUUGAUGCUGAUAAAGAUGGAGCUGUGUCGAAGCAUUCUGGGUGUUGGCGAGGCUCCUUGAAGGACUUGUCAUGAGAAGCAUGGAGGCUGGGGAGAGUGGGAAGGCAGCGUAGGGCCCGCGUGGAGGUGGUGUGAACUACCGAAACGGCAUCGGCAGCUUGUGUUACUCGUUUGCCACGUCACACUGCCCACACGCAUGCAUGCAGAGGUUGGGGACCAUGCACGCUUGCACGAGGAGGAGGGGUCUCACGUGAGAAAUUGCGUGCGACGGAUGACAUCUUUGGCUCUCUUGCCUAGGGGAGCAUGCCUCCUCAUAUGGGAUUACGCCUCUCAGGGUUGCCAGCUCUGGUGACUUGUGAGUCUCACGGUUUGGGAUCUCUCUCUCUGCAUCGCAGCUCUUGAAAAGUGGGAGGAUUUUGGCUUUCUUUCUCCUCUUUUACUGGCUAUUACUUUGAUUUAAAAGAAAUCAAAGAUAAAGAGCUGGGAAAUGUAACUGACCCGUCAAGAACACAAUGUUGACUUUCUGUUUUGAUCUUUCAAAAUCAUGUUUUUAACUGGAAGCCUGACAACUGAACCUUUGAAGUAUCUGGGUAGUAUGUGUGUAUUGUGGGGCUCCCCACCACACUAAAGAGAGCUAGUGUGGUGUAGUGGUUAGAGCAAGGGUGGGGUGAUGAUGAAGAUGAGGAGGAGAAUAAUGGGAAUAGCCCCCUUAAGCUCUCAAGAGGAAAGCUGGGGUAUAAAGAUUUUAAAUCAGGGUUUCCCAAACUUAGGUCUUCUGCUGUUUUUGGACUACAACUCCCAUCUUCCCUAGCUAGCAGGACCAGUGGUCAGGGGUGAUGGGGAUUAUAGUCCAAAAACAGCUGGAGACCCAAGUUUGAGAAACCCUGUUUUAAUUCAUGAAUGGGAAACCUAUUGCCUUCCAGAUGUCAUUGGACUCCAACUCCCAGCAGCCCCAGCUAGCAUGUCCAGUAGUCCAGGAUAAUGGGAGUUAAUAGUCCAACAAAAUCUAGGCGGCCACAGCUUCCCCAGCCCAGCUUUGAAUAAAUAGCUGUCUUGAAAUAGCAAUGAAGUGGGUGGAAAGGGAAGGCGGGACCACUCCUAGGAUAUUCCACAUAAGGGCGGGGGGUGAUGGUUGCUGAAGGAAGAAUCUCAUUGCCUGUCCUUCUCUGCUUCCAGGCUUGGCUCCCACCUUCCUGCUCCUGUUGGCCUUUCCUCUGGUGGCAGCCAUGUGCCCCAUGCUUUGCACCUGCUACUUUUCUCCGCCCACGGUCAGCUGCCAGGCCAACAACUUCUCCUCGGUGCCACGGGUCCUGCCCGCCAAUGCUCAGCGCCUCUUCCUGCAGAACAACCUGAUUGGGACCCUGCGGCCCGGCAUGUUUGGGCCGAGCCUCGUCACCCUUUGGCUCUACUCCAACAACAUCUCCUCCAUCCAGCCGGGCACCUUUCGCCACCUCCAAGCUCUGGAGUGGCUGGACCUAGGGGACAACCGCAAUUUGCGCACCCUGGAUGCAGACACUUUCCGCGGGCUGGAGCGGCUGCAGUCUCUGCACCUGUACCGCUGCCAGCUGAGCAGCUUGCCGACCACCAUCUUCCGUAACCUCUUCAGCCUCCAAUACCUCUACCUUCAGGAGAACAACCUGCUUUGCCUGCAGGUGAGCCAGAUUGCUUGGUUGUGGGUUAGCGUGGAACUUGGGCCACUGCCUCUGGCCUCUAGGGGGAGCUUUUCCCCAGGUGGGCUGUGGAGGUAUGGACCCCUUUCUCCCCUGGCGGUCCUCUGGGCUUAAGUUCCUUUUGACCUUGUGGGGCAUAUUCUCAAGGAAAGAUGAUGGGAGUGGGAAGGAAGAAAAAUGACUGGCAGUGGAGCCUGAGGACAGAUGGGGAAUUUCCUCUGAGUUUCCAGCAAGCAGAUGGAUAGGAGAGAGUCUCACUGGGCAGAACAGGGAGGUGGGUCGAUGAGGCGAGGUGUUGACAUGUUUCCACAUAGAUGGUUUAAGAUGUGCCUUCUGAGAGGACAAAUGGAGGCCUCUCCGCCAUUUCUCUCUGAAGACCGGCAAGGAACUGGUGUGCCGCUCAGCCUUCCACCCCCACAUGGCUGGUCCUCCCCUGAAGGCAGGUUCUCUGUGCCCUGCCAGCGACUCACUUAAAAACCACAUGCCUAUCCGGCCUCGGGCGCGCUGUGGCUUAAGAGUAGGGGAGCUGCAGCCUGGCCUGCAGCAGCAAAAAUGCAUUUGCAGCUCAUGCCUCAGUGCUUCAAGCCACAUCCUUAGCGGGGGAGGGCAAAGUUUGUGGGUGGGGGACUUGGGAGCCAGCCUGUAUCAUUUCCUCAACCAAAGCGCAGGAGUCAACCUCCUCAUAAAACUCUGGCUUUGCGUCCAGCAGUAAAUCCUGUGUAGCUGUGUGGGAGCGAUCUGGAAAGGUGGGGAGGCAGCAAUGAAUGUCUACAGUCUUGAGUUGACAAUCGGCCUAGAAUCUCCCAUAUGGAGGAAGAGGCCUUUGGGGCUGUUCCUUUUGCCAGCGGUGUCUUCACAGCUUGUCCUUUCUUCCUGCAUCUCCCAGGACGACCUUUUUGUGGAUCUGGCAAACCUGAGCCACCUUUUCCUGCACGGCAACAAGAUCUGGCAGCUUUCCGAGAACGUCUUCCGGGGUCUGUCUGGAUUAGACCGCCUGUUGCUGCACAGGAACCGCCUGCAUGCCGUUCCAACUUGGGCCUUCCGCGAUCUGGGCAAACUCACCAUCCUGUACUUGUUCAACAACAGCCUGACCACCCUCUCCGGGGAAACCCUCUCAGACUUGCCGUCCCUGGAGUUCCUACGCCUCAACAACAACCCGUGGGCCUGCGACUGCCGGGCCCGAUCCCUCUGGGCCUGGUUCCAACGCACGCGCGUCUCCGUCUCGGACGUCAUAUGCACUUCUCCGGCCGACCGCGUGGGGCGCGACAUGCGCCGCCUCAACGAAACGGCCUUCCGGGGCUGCCUGCCGGGCAACCACCACCCUGUAGGCUUUGACUGGGGUUGCAGGCCUGAGUGGGAGAAUGGAGCAGCUCACCCCCACCCUCACCCCCGCCCUCACUCCAAUGGCUCAUCCAAUCACCUCUAUGGCCUCGGGGGGUCGCCUCCCGCCGACCCCUCCUCCUUCUACAGGGACGUGCCGGCGAAUGACAUCCGCAGCCCCAAGUAUGACCCACCCACGGAGGACGGCUACUGGGGGGGCUAUGGCAACGAAGAAGGGGGGCAGCUGAAAAAGGGGUGCCCGGGACCUGGCUGUUCUUCUCUGGACUCUGGAGGUACCAGGAUUGGCUUCCUGUUGCUUCCCUUUGCCUGGCUGCUGAUGCUUUGGGGACCUUCCUGGUUUUGACAAUGGAGGGUGGCUGCUCUGCUGGAUGCUAAGCUGCCUUUUGAGAACUGACUCUCUGGGAGAUCCAAGCCAGGAUGGGUCCCCACCCAGCGCUUAGCUGAGGCCAAAGGGAUUAAGCUUCCUCCUGCUACAGGGACAAAGGGAGACUAGAUCCGUUGCUGCUGCUUUCCUGGCCAUUUGUGAGACUUAACACUGGAGCCACUUUCUGGGUGGUAUCUGACAUAUUUUGUGAACAUAUGGCAAGAGCACCCCCUUUUUAUUUCUGGGGUGUUGCAUAAUUCCGCUAAAGAUGUUCCCUUAAUGCUACUGCUAUCCAGGGGUGUUACGAGGCCUUCUGUGUUUUCCAUAUCCUGGAAAGAGCAGGGAUCUCUUCUGUGCAUGACAAGGAAGUGCGGAAUGAAUGAGGAUCUGAUCUUCAGAGGUUCUGUUCUUUCUUCAGUAUCCUACCAUGCACAUAAGUGCCUGCUUUGUCCAAUCGGAUAGGAUAUCUCAACUCAGAAAAAAAAGAAAAGAAAUACCAUUCUCCUCCUGAGCCGCAGAAGGCUACAGGAAUCUUGGGCCCUUGUCACUCUUGACUCCUCCCCCAUUAUUUGGUAUAUGUUUUGGGGUUUUUAGUUUAAACACCAGGGGACCAACUCACAUAAUCAGUUCAGGUAAUAAUUACCCAGUGCAAUGUUUCACUGGGUAAGCUAAUCUUCAUUGGCAGGGAUAGUGUCUACAUGAUGAUGAAAGUGGCUGUGUUGGCUCUUCCAUACUACCAAGUCUUAGGCAACAGUUGCAGUUAUCUCAUGAUAAACACGAUCAUGUGAAUUGGCCCUUGCUCAUAACUGCUGGUCUUCAUUUUUUGUGUGGCUGUGUCCUCUCCCCACCCUACCCUUGGUGCCUCCAUGUCUUCCCGUGCCCCUAUUUUCCCUUGAAAAAAAGGCCAAAAAAUUGGUUGGUUGGAGAACUAUUAAACUAUUUUAGUAUGGCUUGGUGGACUUGGUCACUUGAGGAAGUUUGUAAUGGGAUACGCGGAAAGAACCAUGAUGAGGUGUAAGAAGUCCGUAAUGGCUGGCUGACUGGAAGUUAACUGGAAAUGAGUAGCUCAUUCUUCUGUCAAAGGUUGCUCAUUUCUCACUACACAUUCUUGUAUGGAUACUUCCUGGAGUAGCC